AUGCUGCUGCUUGUCUUCAUAACGGGAGCAUGGGUGCUGUGGCAGCUUCUCGUUCGAUGCUCGGUCGAUGGAAAGGGUCGUCUUCGCCUUCCCCCCAGUCCUUCCGGUUGGGUGCCGGUGCUUGGCCAUCUUUGGCGACUCUCCCCCACCCAGCCCUUUCUAACGCUUGAUAAAUGGGCCAAAGAACUUGGGGAUGUCUUCACGCUUCAUUUUGGAUCCGAGCAAGUCAUUGUUCUUUCCAGGCAACGCGUUCUUCGAGAGGCCUUUGUGAAAGACGGCGAAAACUUUUCGGGUCGUCCGACGCUGUUCGUACAUGAGUCUUGCUGGGGAAAGGGCUCCGUCAUAUCGGAUGGGCCGAGAAAUGCUUUUUUGCGACGUCAUCUACUAACGUUACUGCGAGCCCGCAGCCGGGGCAUAGAUUCUGUCCAAGAUAUGGUUACUGAGGAGAUUGGGAGAAUGGAUGUUUAUAUUGAAGGAUUGAUGAGGGAACAAUCUUUGGGUGGAAAUAUGGCUGAGCUUUGCCUGGAAGACACAGUUUUCUAUGUGGUUGGUAACGUGCUGACCAGACUUGUUCUUGGGCGCUCGUAUCCCCAUGGAUCGGUUGAAUUCAGGGAAACAGCUGGUUGGCUCGAUGAUACGACUCGAUUAAUGGAGCAAACAAAGGCCCUCACGUUCCUGCCAUGGCUUCGGUUGUUGCCCGGAGCGGGACGGAGUGGAUACAGACAAAUGAAAGAACAAGCAACGAAAGUCCAAUCAAUGAUGAGGGCGGAUAUUCAGCAAAGAAGGAGGACGGGUGAAUAUCGCGAUCUGCAGAAGAACGAUCUGACCUCGGCUUUUCUGAGGCAAAUUGAUGAAGCCGGAGAGAAUGGAGAUCUCUUCUCUGAGGAGGUGCUGGUCAGAUUGAUUACUGAAAUGUUCUUUGCUGGAAUACAGACUGAGUGCAAUACGUUUGGAUGGGCUUUCCUUUUCUUUCUAUUUAACCCUGAUGUCCAACAGGAAUGCAGGGAGCAUAUUCAAGAAGCGCCACUACUUUGGGCCGAAAAGCAGCGCCUACCCUAUCUCGAAGCAACGAUCGCCGAGAUCCAAAGGUUGGCCAACAUUGCCCCCUUCUCAAUGCCUCAUCGGAAUUUCCGGGAAACAACGCUGGACGGGUACCGUAUCCCCGCCGGCUCGACGAUAUUUAUGAACUUGUACACGACACUAAUGGAUCCGAGUGUUUUCGAACAUCCCUCCCAAUUCCGCCCAGCCCGUUUCUUGUCGUCAUCUGGUGGUCUAGAUCGUGCAAUGAUGGCAGCGGCUUUGCCUUAUGGUCUUGGAUCUAGGAUGUGUAUGGGGGAGACGAUUGCGCGACUGGAGUUGUUCUCGGUGAUUGGCCACCUUCUGCGGCGAUAUUCAUUCGAGAAGGUUCCCAGUGAGACGUACAGUCUCGAGCAGCGAAUGGAACUCACAAUUCACCCCCAAAAGUACUGUAUACGUGUCAGAAAACUG